UCGCUCUUCUAAUCUCCUUUCCCUCCUUAUUUCUCCCUCCAAAGAACACACUGCCCGGCCACUAACGAAUCGGAUCCUAUACAUGGCAUCAACCUCCGCUCCUCGCGGCGGCGGCGACGUUCCUUCCACCUCAGGAAUAAUGACAACCUCCUCUUCGAUGCUCUGCUCAGAGAACCAAUCUCUCAUCGUUGAAAUGAGGAAGGUUUUCAAUAUGAUGAAGGAGAUCGCAGUUGAUCUUGAGAGAGAGAAUGAGUCUGCAAAAGUGAAUGAACUUGAAAACACUGUUGCUGAGUUGUUAGUGACGUAUGAAGAUUGUACGUAUCAGACUUCUGCAAUUGAAUCUGUUGGUAACACAUACCAGCCUGGGGCAGAGCUAACCGAUUUCAAAAAGUUGCUUAACGAUGAGUUUAUGAAGUUUAAGGGUAAUAAAUCCUCAGCCCCGCAGAAUCAUCCACUACUGCGUCAAUUUCGAGAAGCUGUCUGGAAUGUUCAUCAUUCAGGUCAACCAAUGCCGGGUGAAGAGCACGAGGACAUUGUAAUGACAAAUACCCAGUCCACCAUUUUGAAUAUCACGUGCCCAUUGAGUGGAAAGCCAAUUACUGAACUAGCAGAACCAGUUCGCGGUGUGGAUUGCAAGCAUGUGUAUGAAAAGAAAGCAAUCAUGGGCUACAUAUCCAUAAAUGCACAAGCCAAAUGCCCCGUAACAGGCUGUCCCAGGUAUUUGCGGCAAGAUAAAGUGGUCUCUGAUCCGCUAUUACUUGUUGAAAUUGAGGAAAUGCGCUCAAUGAGCAAAGAAAAUAUGACUGCUACUCUGGUAGAAGAUUUCACAAUGACAGACGAUGAAGAGGAGGAUUGAUGAGAGCACCUACUGCUAGAACGUAGUCAUAUUCCUAUCAGGAUUUUGAGCUAGCUACCCCAGCCUUCGCUUCAGGAGUUAACUGUGCACAUAUUGUUUUUUAUUCAAAGGUUGUACUUAUUCAUCUUCCCCAAACAUGUUUCUCUCUUGCUUGCAAGUAGUUUACUUGCUAUAAUUUGCUGGUUAGAAUCAUGCAUUUCUCUUGUUACAUGUAAUUCCUGCGAUGCUGCAGGAAUAUGUAUUAUGACUUGAAUUUCUAGUCAGCCUUGAAUUCAAAUCUAAGCCUGAAACUUUUCUUCAU